AUGGCCGACGACGAACUCUUUACGAGGGCCAUAUCUGGAUAUCGGGACGCAUUUUUGGAGCAACACUCCCACCUCUCGGAAUCAGAGCGAAAUCAACUUUGGAGUCAGCGCUUGAGUCAGUUUAUGCCUACUACGACCGCGGUGUCACCAACCUCUCCCGCGUACCGACCAGUCUCGGGUUCCAGCAUCCUUGGCCACGACACCUCUUCUGAGAAAUCUGGGAAGCGGACACGACAGGAGACUCCUCGGACAUUACCUGGUUCUGGCCCUCCUCCGACAAAGCGGCGAGUCACCACUCCGGAUCCUCCAGAGCGCGUUGUCCUGAAACGCGAUCUCUCCCAUGCAUCCUCCCCGGCAGCUCCGGAAACGUCCUGGCAGCUUUCGAGAACAAUGUCGCAGACGGACAACACACAUCCAACCUCCGGUCCUGGAUCCGCCUCCCAACCGCCAGCUAUGGUUCGUUCGCAGAGUCAACAGGUUCCAGUAUCGUACCAACAUCCUACGGCGUCCAUGGCCCAAUAUCGACACUCUCCUGGAUACCAUCGUCGCCACUUGCAGAACGUCAGCGAGUACUCACCGGCCGAGUUCACGAAGCAAUAUUUGGGCAGUUUUGAGGGUCAGUCGAGCGUAUCUCCAAGUACUAUGGCGUUUCCAGCGAGUCCUGUGCAGGUUGGGGGGUCAAAUCCGGGUUCAUUUGCCAGUCAGUUCUUUCAGGGGCAGAUGAGCGGUAACGACUCUCUGACUACGGCACCCGCUCAAUCCGUCCCUAUGACCCGCAGCGGUACAACAGACUCUCUAUGUGGAACUAUGGGUAUGAUGCGCUUCGACUCGGCAGGACCGACUCUAGGCUCGGAUUACCCCUUUACUGUUCCUUCAACUACCUUCCCUUCCUCCACACCUGUGAAUGUCCCCCUCGCCAGCACCGUGUCUACAACUCCGCAAAUGAUCCCCCAAGCCCCAUUCAACAUGGUCGAUCCAUCAAUAUCUUUGCCAUACUCUUGUUCUGCCCCUCCUGCUACCUCAAUGAGCUUCCUCCCUCCCUCCCCAGUGAGCGAGGUAAAAGCUUCGGCGCCUACAGAGGGGGACGCCGCGUCAAAUACGCCUUCUUCUAGGGCUGCUCGAAGGGCACAGGAGCAGAUUGUGCAUAGCGCAAGGCCUAUUGCUCCCAAGACAGAGACACUCAAGGCCACGCCGCCGAAAGUGGCAGAGCAUAAGAUGAUCCGUAUAUCAUCGUCUGACGGCACUUCCAAAGAGGUCGCUGCCAUUCCCAAAGCCUCAAUCCAGCGUCCACCUAGGCAAAAAACAUACUGCACCAUGUGUAACGACCAGCCCGACGGCUUUCACGGAGAACAUGAGCUUCGUCGUCACAUUGAGCGUGUUCAUGCCGUCGUACGAAAAGUCUGGGUGUGCGUUGAUAUCUCUCCUGACAAAAAGUUCCUUGCAAACUGCAAGGCUUGUCGGAACGGAAAGCGGUACGGAGCCAACUACAAUGCUGCUGCUCACCUUCGUCGUACCCAUUUCAACCCAUGCCAACGUGGCCGCGGUGGGCGCGGAAAAGACAGUGAGAAACGUGGUGGCAAAGGGGGUGGCACUCAUCCACCUAUGGACAUCUUGAAGCAUUGGAUGGUCCAGAAAGAGGAGAUUGUUGUUGAAAAUGCACAGAUGUAUCCUCUCGAUGCGGACGGACUAGUUGAUGAUAUUGUGCCUGUUCCAACCAAUCCGCUAGACGACACUUCAUUCGAAUCGCUAGCCUCUGAGGACUUGUCUUCACAGGGCACGGAAGCAACCGGCAUGAACAGUUACGAUUCAUUUACUUCAUUUCCUACGACGAAUUCGUAUCCGUCGUUUGAGAACACCUGCUACCUCGAUUCUCAACCUCUAGUUCCUGAAGUAACCUCGUACGUCUGAUGCCUCUAUUCUAGGAAUGUUCGAUGAUUUCCCGAUCUAUAUUCGCACCUUGUGUUUACCAAGUACGUCGUCGGAGUUGGUGCUUAUGCCUUUUCGCCUUUAAGCAUGCUUUCUCCUUACUUUAUCUUUCAUCUUCACUUUUUUUCUCGUCUCAUAAUUCCACAAGCUUGUGGAACUUGUUUUCUUAUUCACUUUUAUUUUCACAUUCUCUUUUUUUUUUAUCUAUUUACGGGCAACUGGUUUCCGACUUUUACCUCAUUGGGGGCUUACAGGUCGAAUCGCGACCUCGUAAUCCCCCUCAAAGAGGGAUACGACAUAAUGUGUGAUGAUGAGCAGCGAAGCAGUCCACGAGACUAUACAUCCAGAAUAUACUGAUUCGGCGAGCACGCCUAAGAA